AUGUCCGCCGCUCGCUUUGCCCCCAUCGUCCGGUCGCGCGUGGCCACUGCGCCCCGAUUUGUGGCUUUCCGCUCCAUCUCCUCUACUCCCAACUAUCAGAAAAGCCCCGUCAAUGCGGCCAAGGAUACUCUGAAGAAGGCCGAUGAUGUGGUCUCCAACGCAGCUGUCAAGGGUAUCAACAAAGGAGAGAACGCUGCCCACAAGAUCAAGGAUGCCGUCGGCUCAACGACGGAUGCUGCCAAGUCCCAGACCGACUCGAUGAAGGGCGAGGCCGAGAAGCAUGCGGGCAAGGCCAAGGGCGAGGCAGAGCAUGUCGCGGGGAAGAUGAAGGGCAAGGGAGAGGAGGCCAUGGGCGAGAUGAAAGGCAAAGCCCAGGAGGCAAAGGGCAAGGCCGCAGAGGCUAAGCGCGAGCACCUUGGCUGA